AUUCAGAUUCACGAAUCUCGACCUGAUCGUCAACAGCCCCUCACACUUUACAACGCCAUGCUGGCCGGCCAUGAAAUACCCACCUCACACAGCAGUGAGAGAACGACAGAGGCGGCGGCGGAAAUGUCCAUUAAUCGUGGGAAGAUACUUCUGAUGUGGUCUAAUGAUAGCGCAGAACACUCUCUUUUUCUGAUUACUCAAUUAACGGUCGGAGUACCAUUGGUGCGAAAAUUCUGUUAUUUGCCGAUAAAGGCAUCGACAGCAACAAUCAGUCAACUUCUACCUUUGCCGCCCUCCCACAUCUCUUUCCGAUCUUUAACGAAAGUUUAUUGA